UGAAGUUGGGAAGGACUUUGUAAACCACGGUAUGGAGACCAGUAACUACUUGUCAUUUGAUGAUUUGUAGAAGCGAAACAAGUUUCUGCGUCGUGCCCGCCGCAUGUUCUUCCCGGGGUGGACGCGCAGCAAGGGGGAGCUCUUCCCCAGCCAGAUCAUCCCGGACAGGAUCGUUAUUCGCACGGAAAUGGGCGACGUGGAUGGCGAGGCAUGGCCGUGAUGUUAAUGAGGAAUUGGUUGAUUAUUUGUGCUAGAGUAGCUGUUGAACUGCUCGGUUGUUUCGUGCAGAAGCCGGGGAAGCGUGAAAUCAAGUACAUCUGCAACAUCGAUCCGUGCCUGGAUCACAAGAUUGGCGGUCCACAAGGUUCGCGGCAAAUGCACCAUCACCUGGUGAUGCAGCACGCGUCCCGCUUCGAUUUGGGCACCAACUUCUUCCACAAAUGCCCUGCCGAAGAGGUGUGUGGGGAAAUCGUGUUGGCCAGCGAUCGCCAGCUGGAAUCCCACGUCAGAGCCAUGCACCCCGAGGUAUUAGGCUUGAGCAAAGUCUUCUCGGAGGCCGCCCAGAAGAAGCGGAAGGAUCUGGAGGACAGCAUCCCUUCCCUCCGCAUCGGAGAGGCUCUCACCAACGCUCUGCACACUCCGCAGGCUGACGAUGGCAGCCAGCUGUUGCUGCAGCGUUACACGUGCCCUGUCAGUGUCAAGACGUGCGGCAAAGUGUUCCUGAGCGAGGCGAGGUCGGCGCGCAAGUACAUGCUGUGGCACGUGGGCGCCGACCACGCGGACGUCUGGGAUGCGGCCGCGGAGGCGGCAGAGGUCAGUCCUCAGCCGAGUUGA